CUAAUCGGUUAUCGUCUAUCGACACCUAGCAGCUGCUGACCAAAUUUUUGUCUACCUGGUUUUUGUUUAAAUGUGAAUUUCGCAGCUAUUUAAGCCAAAAAGGCCGUGAAAAAUGCAGGGUUUUUAAAAAAUAAUUAAUUAUAAAGAUUAUUUCACCCCAAAUUAACUGGCACACAUUGCCCCAGGCAAACAAUAACAAAAACAAAGCACGGCUGACUAAGCGGCGAAAGUGGUUGCAGCAAAGUCCAAUCACUAUCACUCGCUUGCCAUGGACUCCAGUGCGGUGGUGCCACAGGCUCAGGGACGCCCCAUGCCGCCCGAGGAACUGGCCAUGCAGGCGCUCACCAAGCAGCUAUACAAAUCCCGCCUCUUCCGCGGUCACUACCUGGAGCGGUGCUUCGUGGAGCAGGUGGGCGGCUACCGGGACGUGGUGGUCCUCCAGCGCAGCGAGCGGGAGCUGGAGAAGCUCCUCCACGCGAGUGCCGGCCAGCUGCAGCGAUUCUAUCAACGCUUCGUGCCCAACAUGUGGGUGGGCAUCACCUGCGGCAGUUUCGGCAGCUACCAGCACUCACCGCAUCCUGGCCAGCUGGAGACCUGCCUCUGGACGGAGACCAGUGACCUGGCCUUCGGGGAGUACUGGUUCAGCAUCAAGACGCUGCGCUUCCGGGACCAGGAAGUCCAGUUCAAGCUGAAGAUGGUGCGACCCGUGGAACCAGAGGCUUUAGUGACUCCAAGGAGGUCGGUUUCCCUCAACCGGAGUAGCCCCGCGGGCGAUGGCGUCUCCUCCAAGACGGACGACCUGGCGGAGCAGGUGCAGCUGGGCCUCAACGAUUUCCUGCUCGUGCUGCAGCAGUGGGGCGAUGGAAUCAAGCGGACGGUGUACGAUUUCAUGGCCAACGAUGUGAACAAGCGGAACAUAUGGGGCACCAUUCGAUUUCUGGGCCUGCUCAUCUUCUCCGCCCUGGGUGGAGCCGUGCUAGCCCUGCGAUUCCUGGGCGUCUUCGCUGUGCGCUUCCUGUUCGAGCUGAGCCGUUUCACCCACACCGCCACGCCGAUAGUCUUCAAGCUAAUUGAGUUUCUGAACAAGAUUGUGGGCGCCUUCUUCAUACUGUUGACCAUGAUUUGGAAGGACAUUGUUAAUCGAGGCCAGCCGUUGGCGCUACCGAAGCAACAGCCGCAGCUGGAGGCAAGCAGCCGCUUUAGAAGCAUCCAGUACGAACGUUCCGAACCGCACCGACGAACCCCACGCUUUUGACCCACCGCCAGGGGCAAAUAUGUCUAGCGAAUGGUGCGUAAUUAGUCCAGGGUGGAAGGUGAACGAUAAAUCAUUGAAAUUGUGUUACUAGCCGUAAGCCAAUCCCAAAACUCGCUAUUUGCAACGCAAAUACGGAGGCACCUAUGAGAUUUUCCGAUUUUAGCCAAAUGCAAUAUUGUAAAUUAUUUAAUUGGCCUGCCAGCCGGCACUCAAUCGCAUGCUUAUUAACUCGCCCUGUUAAUUCAUUGUGUAUUGUCCCGAAAUUUGUGUUUUAGUGUAAGGUCCUGUAAUUUAUGUAUCGAAAAUUAUUGUGAAUAAAUUGAAUGCAAUAUGCGAGAGUCGAGA